GUAUAGGCUCUGUUGAGUCGAGCCAUGAAUGACUGGAGCAUCAGGGACUGCUCAGACCGAUACUACCAGACAGUGUAGCUCCUUGGCAUCUAUAGCUUCAUCGUGUAUCCCUCAUGUCACCGUUCCUCGACUUCCCUCCGAAUCAACGGCGUCGCCUCCACCGCCCUCUAGUAGUAAGCCACCAUCCAUGACCCACCCCUCCCUUUCCUCCACGCACUCCGUGGGUCGAGCUUUACACUCGUUUGGUGUGCUCAUUCCAGCCAGCUACAAGCGGUACUGAAUACCUAGUACAGAAGUGCUUGUCGUCGCAGGCCGCUCUCUCAGCGCCUAGAGACUCGACCGGAAGAACGGCGCGUUGCCAAAGGCAGCAAUGCCUCGUCAAGUCGUGGUCCGACCGUCUGCGCCCACUAGGCUGGCGCAAAACGGGACAGCGCGGAACAGGGCAGCGCGGGGCGGGGCAUGGCGGAACCGGGCAGCGCGGAUCAACCAUCUGCCGGACGAGCUGCUCUCGACGAUCCUCUCGCUCGCCGCAUUGCGCGCCGAAGAUGACGCUCCGGUCGACGCCGCGAGUGAUGACGUCACCCGCGGCAUCAUCGUGCUGUCGACGCGCCCGCCCCUGGCCGACGACCUUGGCGUCGUCAGCGCGUUCGGCGCCCUCGCGCUGACCUGCAAAGCAAUGGCUGCGCCUCAUGCCCACCAUCCGCGUUUCUGCUGCUCGCCGCGCGCCAAGCUCCUGGAUCACCCUCGCUGCUCUCUCGCGCUCCCUCCCCGCGCUCUCCGCGCCUGCGCUCCUCCGCACGCUCACCCGCGCGCCCGGCGCCACCAGCGUCUCUCUCGCGCGCCACGCGCUCGACUUCGUCGACGACGGGUUCCUCGCCGCGCUGCUCUCCGCCUGCCCGCGCCUCGCCCGCCUCACCCUCUGCGACCCGCGCUUCACCGCGCCGUUCUUCCGAAUCGGGCUCCGCUCGCUUGACAAGCUCUUCCGCGCCGCAGCGCCGCGCCUGCAGGAGCUCACGCUCUCGCACUGCCUCGCGCAAAUGACGAAGCUUCCUGGGUCCAUCUCAAUGCUGUCAGUUCUGUGCGUGCUUCGGUUGGAGUCAAAGGCUCUCCGCGUGCUGCCGGGCGCGACCUGCCAGCUGUCUGCGCUCCAGGAGUUUUACUUGAGCUGCCCGCUGCCAGCACCUGCCCGAAGAUUUAGGGCAGCUAAAAGCCCUCACCCACCUGUUGUUUUCGGGGUGCAAGGAAAUGCAGCUCCUUCCCGAGUCCCUGGGCGGCCUCUCGUCGCUCACGGCUCUCAGCAUGACGGCACGUGGCAGGUGGAUCGCUACCCGAAUGGCCUCGGCGCGCUGCAGCACAUGCGGCGGCUGGAGCUGCGGAACUUCCAUGGCGAGAUGCCAGGCGCUCGAGCAGUGGCCGGCACUGGAGGUGGUCACACUGGCCAAGUGCCAGAACGUGCGCAGCUUCCAGCCCACCGGCGUUGAGUCGCUCACCCACCUCUCCAUCGCUGACUGCUACGCCCUCGAAUCCCCUCCCCCUCGCCCUCACUCGCGCCUCCGCCCUGCGCCACCUCACCAUCGACACCAUCAAGGCUGACGUGUCGCUGCAGGCGCUGAGCGGGCUGGUGGCGCUGCGGCGGCUGGAGGUGGCGGGCAUGGGGAGCACGGAGCCCUUCCCCGAGGGCCUCUUCGCCCUGCCGUGCCUGACGCACGUGAGCGUGGGGCGCGUCAAGUGGGUGGAUCUCGAGUCCGAGCAUGUGCCAGGGCACGAGCUGGUGGGCAGCAAGGGACACCUGGCGCAGCCCCACCCCUCUGAAGCCGCUGCUGUCACCGCCGCUGCUGCUGCUGCAGGGGCUGGUGGUGUGGCACACCGCUGGUCGGCCCUGGGCUCGUCCCUGCGGCACCUGGACCUCACCAUGAUCCACCUCCCUCAUGCCUCCCCAGGCGGCCGUCUCUCCCCGCUCCUCUCCUCUCUGCUCCUUCUCACCCACCUGCACCCCUCCACAGUCCUCCCUACCGGCUUCGGCCGGCUGCCCAACCUUUGCUCCCUCUCGCUCUCCGGCUGGUUCUGUCUCUCGCUCCUCCCGGACUCGCUGUCCCUCCUCGCCCCAUCGCUCCUCUCGCUCUCCCUAUGCCACACCGAUCGAUCGCCCUGCCCUGAGCCCCCCACUGGCACCGGCGAUGCCAGCAGGGCCAGGCUUCACGCCUCCACCUUCAUCACUCACCUCACCACCCUCACGGACCUCGCUCCCUGCGCCUUGACUCCACCUCGCUCUCCUCGCUCCCUGACAACCUGGGCCAGCUGGCAGCUGGAGUGGCUGGAGCUGAAGAACUGCUUGCGGCUGGGCAGGCUGCCGCCAUCGCUGUCUGAGCUGGGAUGCCUGCGCAAGCUGCACCUUCACGGCUAUGGCUUGCAGCAGCUGCCUGUGGGGAUCUUCAAGCUCUCUCGCCUGGAAGGCCUGACUCUUCGGUGCCCCAACAUCGGGCGCCUGCCGUACGGGUUGGGUUACCUGGGCGCGCUCAAGAAGCUCACUGUCUGGGCCGUCCGAGGGGCGUUCCUUCCCGGCACUCUCGAUGGGCUGAUCUCGCUGGAAGAGGCAUGUCUUUCUGAGAACUACGACCUCCACCACCUGCCGCCCUCCUUCUGCCACCUCCCGCGCCUCCACACGCUCACCAUCACCAAAUACCACGAGCUAGCCACCCUCCCCCCCGCAUUCGGCUCCCUGCCUUGCCUGAAGCGCCUCUCCAUCGACUCCUGCAGAUAUUUCCACCGCUUGCCCGACUCCUUCACAUCCCUCUCUUCCCUCGUCCCCCUCACCAUCGCUUACUGCCCCAGAUUUUCCACCCUCCCUGAAACCUUUGGCUCCCUGCCCCGACUAGCCCGGAUCAGAAUCACCAACUGCAACUCAGUCACCGACCUGCCCACCUCCUUCCCCUCCCUGCCUUCCCUCCGCGUGGCCUGCUUCACCCACUGCAAGCACCUCAGCUGGCUCCCCACCGACCUGGGCCUGCUGCCCCGCCUGGAGGUGCUGCAGCUGCGCGAAUGCCCCAAGGUGAGGUGGCUGCCAGAAUCGCUAGGCCAGGCCAAGGCUUUAAGGCACGUGGAUGUGUAUGGGAGUGGGGUGGAGGAGGAGGGGGAGGAGGUGGGGGUUUGUGGGAAAAAAAUGCAUGUGGUGAAGGGGAGGAGCGGCAGGGCUGAUUACGUGGGCACGAUGGAGAGGGGGAUGAGGGAGAGGCUGAGGAGGUGAGGAAGGUGAGGAGGUGAGGAGGUGAGGAGGAGGUGAGGAGGCGCAGGGAAUGUGGACGAGGGGGGGAACUGAUUACUGGUUGCUAAGCCAACCCAUGGCCACCAAUGGUGAAACGGUGAAUUGAAAGAACACCAUCCAUCGCGUGGCCCGCAGGCAAACCAUGCAUUUGACGUCAACCCCUUGUCCUGCUGUUUCUCAGCGGAAUGUCCUCAUACUCGUAGGAAAGUUUCUUGGCGGUACUUCAGCAUUGAAGCAUUUCGUUACUGGUAGUUCACCAAACCAAUCUUGCAGCCUAGAAACACAUGUUGCAGAGACCGAGUUGUCAUAAAGUCACCAGUCCUAAAACACUGGGAUGUGCUUAGGAGGGUUACGCUCCAUAUAUCCUCCUUCCCCAGGGAAAGCCUCCCUUGUACCCUCCCUAGAGAGAGAAGCUGUUCGACAGGGCUAUCCUAGUGGCACAACACAGCCCCCCCAGAGUCCU